AUGCGGCGUGAAAUGCGCCGCGAGAUGCGGGUGCGAAUAUCGAGCAUGGGCGGACCGCGAGGACCUGGAGCGCCCGGGGGAGCAGGAGAGGGGAGCAGCCAAUCAGACGCGGACGCGUGGCGGGAGCUGCUGCGGGGCGGGGAGGACGUGGCGCAAGUCAUGUCUGACAUGGCCAACAUCCUGGACGAGAUAUCGGGCCUCGAAGGGCGGGAGGAGGAGCUGGCAGUGCAGAUGGCAGCAGCAGCGGCCAUAGCGGGCCGGGUCAGCACUCUGGACCAGUCAUUCUUGGUGGCGCUUGAGUUCAUGAUGGGGCAGGCUGACGCUAACAACGACUCCAAGGGCCGUUGGCUGCUGGACGUGGUAAAGGAGCAGCUUUUAUCGCAGCUGCAGCAGAAGAUGCCUCCCCAGGUGCAGGUGGUGUCGCUCCUCGUUGCCACAUCAGACAAGAACCGCCGCCGAGACAUCAUCACACGCGCGCUGGCAGGGGGCGGCAAGCUCCCUGCGGAGGCGAGUCCGGGCGGCAACAUGGGCGGCGUUGGCGGGAUGGAACCACCAGAGGUGCACGUACCUGGAGCGAGGUUAGAGGACAUUAUUGCCCAGGCAGACGACCUUGUUGCUUCCAUCGAAGAGCAGCUGCCCAUUCAGGACCGACGCUUGCUUGCUCGGCUGCUGCUAGCAAGGGAGGAGGCGCGAUCGCUCAUGGCGGGGGGUAUCCAGGACCCUCGCAAUGAUGUGCGACGCCUCAAAAACGUUCCCGAGGCUGAGGUGCGGUUCAUAUCAACACUGGUGGCCAUGAAAUCGCCAGACGUGCUGAGGAAGCGAAUACUUGAUGUGAUGGAAGGGCGGGAGGAGGGCGAGUACAAGAAGGGCAGUGAUGGCCCCAUCAAGGUUCAGCAAUCAAAGGGCUCUGCUCCUGUUCGGCCAGGUCACCUGCUAGACACCGUAACCAAGGUCCUAGGUGGAAUGUACAGGACUGGAGGGUCAGGGGUAACGGUCCAACAACUUGAAUGGAUACGAAAGGAGACACUUGAUGCGUUUUUAGUUUGUUCAUCUCAAGUCUCAAGAGCGCUCCUGAUUGGCAUUGUGGCGAACAGCAGUUGGGUCUUCUACCUGUCAAUGCGUGAGGCCUCUCUGCUUUCUGAAGUUUUAGUCCAGCCAGUGAUAUUGGGUUCGCCGCCUGAUCGACAUCAGACAGCUUUUAUUCUGGAGAACCGUCACCAAAAGCACUACCAGCAGCAGACGAUCACGAUGGGGAGCGAGGCCGGUUUAAAGACGUUCUCAGCAGAGGAACUUGACGAAGCCACGAAUAACUACUCGCGGGAUAACUCGCUCGGUCGCGGCGGUUUCGGCACGGGUUACCGCGGAAAGCUCGCGGAUGGUUCCCCCGUGCUUGUAAUGAAGCUGAACCCCGAUAAUACCCGCCAGGCGGCGGAGAAAUUUACCCGCGAAGUGACCAUCCUCACGCGCGCGGACCACCCGCAUCUGGUCAAGCUCCUCGGAUACAAUCCCGAGGCACGCUGUAUCGUGUACGAGUCGCUCCCUGGGGGGACCCUCGAGGACCGUCUGCUGACGGAGGGGGGACGGAAAACGAUACAGCAGAAGCACCGGCUGCGGAUCGCCGCGGAGGCGUCAGAGGCGCUGCUGUUCCUGCACCAUCUCGACCCGCCGAUUCUCCACCAGGACGUGAAACCCGGUAACGUCAUGCUGAACGAGGAUCUUUCCUGUAAAGUCGGGGGAGUGGGUCUGGCGAAGUUCCUUCCCGCAAACGACUCGUCGAUCUGGGGAACGGUGGGUUACAUUGACCCAUUGCUGCUUCGCACCGGGAAAUACGGCCCGCAGUCGGAUCUGUACGGGCUCGGGCUGGUGAUCCUGCAGCUACUGACCGGCGAGAAGGUGAAUAAGGUGCUGGAGUUUGCAAAAUUUGGGCUGGAGGGGAUUUUGGAUCAUUUGGAUAAGACGGUUCAGUGGAACCCGGAGAUUGCGAAGGAGGUUGCUGAGGUGGCGCUUAAGUGCAGGGACAGGACGAACCGGCCGGAUCUGGAGACGGUGGUGCUACCCAUGCUGAAGAAAUUCGCGGAGCAGACCAAGGGGGAGAAGGAUGCAGAUGCUGCUCCGCCUGCCGCUGCUGCUGGUGGUGCUAAAGGUGGUGGAACGAGUAAGGGGCAGGAGAAGAAGGGAGCGCCGGCUGCUGCUGCUGCUGCUGCUGCUGCGCCUCAGAAGAAGUCGUUGUUUGGGUACUUCUUUGGCAAGCGGUGA